AUGACGUUGGGGGUGAUGAAAUCCAAGCUAAAAGGAGCACAGCAAGGCCACUCGUUGUUAAAGAGAAAGUCCGAGGCCUUGACCAAGAGAUUUAGAGAUAUAACGCAGAGAAUCGAUGAUGCAAAGACCAAGAUGGGAAGGAUCAUGCAGACUGCGGCGUUUUCUUUGGCCGAGGUGCAAUAUGCCACCGGCGACAAUAUCGCUUACCAGGUUCAAGAAUCGGUCAACAAGGCCCGUUUCACGGUCAAGGCCAAGCAGGAGAAUGUUUCCGGUGUCUACUUGCCCACGUUUGAGAGCCACAUUAAUGAAAACAUUAACGAUUUCAAGUUGACUGGGUUAGGAAGAGGUGGUCAGCAAGUGCGCAAGGCUAAGCAAGUUUACGCUAAAGCCGUCGAGACGUUGGUUGAGUUGGCCUCGUUGCAAACGGCAUUCAUAAUCUUGGAUGAAGUUAUCAAGGUUACCAACCGGAGAGUCAAUGCUAUUGAACAUGUCAUUAUUCCAAGAACCGAAAACACCAUCGCUUACAUCAACUCGGAGUUGGACGAAUUGGAUAGAGAGGAGUUUUAUAGGUUGAAGAAGGUGCAGGAGAAGAAACAAGAAGCGGCUGCUGUUGCCGAAGAGGAAGAAAAGUUGGAGUUGGCUGCUGCCGAGGGUUUGACUGAUGUGAAAGGUGUCACGCUUAAUGAUCAGAAGAUGGACAUAAGGGCUGAUGCUCAGGGUCCAGUAUUGGAUGAAACUGAAGACGAUGUCAUUUUCUAA